AUGCGACGAGAAUUCAUAAUAGUAAUGUUGGGAAUCAUUUGUGUAUCGACUUUCUCGUCCUUGCUGUCAGGAUAUGCGCAAAUAGAGACGGAUAAAAUACUAUUAGACACUGUGGUUGGCGCUGUCGGAGCUGGAAAUUUUUCUUAUUGGCAAUUGGGACAUACUGGACCACUGCUUGUUGAAUUAACUUCAUUAACUGGAGAUGCUGAUCUUUAUGUAUCGGAUAGUGUGAGACCAAGCUAUGAGGCGGAUAAGAAUAAUUUCAGCUCUACCACCUGCGGACCUGAUAUGGUCAAUAUCCCACCAAGCUUCCCCAGGCCUGUUGGCAUUGGCGUGUUCGGCCACUGGUCACACUUGCUCUCGGAGUACAGCAUCCAGGUUUUCUUGGACACAUCAGCGAUGCAAUACGAGGAGAGCUUGGCUGCCAUGGAGAGAGGACAAAGAAUUGGAGAACAACACGAAUCAGACAAACGCACCAAGGAGCGUCCAGCAUCUCGCAAGGUGGACGAGGAGCCGAGGCCACGGUUCAUGAAGCUCCUGAAUAUCCUCGAUAUGAUAUUCGAGAUGUUUGUCAUUUAG